AUGGAUCCCGGAGAACAUUUCGUCCCGGCGCAAGCCCUCGUGGAGGGUUUGACGGCCGCUAUGGGUCAACUUGCUGACCAUCUGAUGCAGCAAAACCAUCAGUUCCAGUCGUCGCUGCUCGAGCAGCUAAAUGCCCAACGACCAGUUCCUGAGUUCAAGGUUGAGGGUACCAGAAUGCCAACGUUUUCUGGUCUCCUCGAGGAGAGUGUGGACGAAUUCAUCUUUGGCGCCAAGCUCUUCAUGCAAGGCAAUAAUGUGGACUACACCAGUGCGGCCAACAACAAUCGUGUGGUGGCAAUGCUCGCGUCGAAUUUGCGUGGUGGAGCCGCGUCGUGGUACCACACCAGGGUUGCCACCGAGGACAGACCGUUGGAAAAUAUUGUGGCGUUUUAA